AUGUCUGAACCAGCCCCGCAACCUCCGUUCCUGCCCAGCGAUCUAGAACAAUUCGUCGAACACGCGAGAGACCAUCCUGACCAAUGGUUCGAAUACUGCCGCCGUGCGUACGACUACAUUGAGAGUACCCAGUCCGAGGCGACCAACGCUCGCGAACGAGUGGACCAAGCCGAACUGCAGCUACAAGCCGCGAGGAUCAAGAUCACCCGCCUGUCAAGCGAACUGACCGCAGCUGAGCGUGAUCACCUCCGAGAUGUCGCGUUCAUGGAAUACCAGAAGAAGCUUUAUGACGAAGCGCAACAGAACAUUGCCCGUAUCGAGGCUGCACGAAUGUGUGCAGCCGAACUCGCUAUCCCGACGGGGAAUACCGUACCUCCCCCUGUCCCUGAACCUGCCGCUGAGCCUGGUGUAGCUGCUGCUAUGGGAACGCCUCCGUCGCUUACUCCUGAAUCUUCCGGCUCCCACGGGACCGGAAGGAUCUCCGCCGAUUCUCCUCCCAGAUUAAGGAGAAGCUGA